AUGGGGCAUUUGGCCCAUUCAGCUGAUGUGAGGGUGACCCGUUUAGAGAGAUUUGUCCCCUUGAUGAUUGAGGUUGAUAUCUUAGCUACACUAACCCCCCUCAAUACUUCCAUUGACACUCUCACCACAAGAGUGGAGGCUUCUGAGAGCAUGCAUGGAGAGACCUUUGAGGUUACAGCUUUGAAAGCCGAAGUUGCAGAUUUGAGGAAGGACGUAGACUAUCUAAAGUCUACUGACUUCAAUUCUUUGCUGGAGGCUGUAGACAAUUUAGAUGCCCCUGAGACUUCAGAGAUUCCUCCGGCUACCACCAGAGAUGCACAUAAGGAUGAGGCAGCAGUUUAUGAGUCGGAUACUGAGACUAACGAGGAGCAGAUAGAGAUACGGGAUGAGAGAAUAUACAGAAACUUUCCAGAAAUUGAGAAGACGAUUAUGUAG